AUGCGAUUCGACCGCUUGCAGCCCAGUGUGGGCCUCGUUUCCUUCGUUCCAACUUCCAACUUCCAACUUCCACCGAGAGAGUGCUGUGGUCGUGGCAAACACUUGUCAGAUCUUGAGGACUCUGUCUGCCAUCGUUGUUCGGCCAUUGUGCUACAGUCCCUCGACGCGGCCAUCGGAUUGAGGCAGCUCUUGCACCAUCUUAACCUUCGACCUGAGCGCUUGAACAGCACGAAAUCGCAGCAGCUUGGGAUCGACUUCCACAUCUUGCAAAUUGCUGCUUUCUUUAUCAUCUGA